AUGAUCAAAGUGGCGAACUACACAUUCACCAAACUAUCAGCUGCCAAGCUUGACAAACACACCAAAGGCUGCAUGCCUAUCUGGUACCACCUGGGUAGCUCACUGCCACUCUCACGUCUUCAAUCCUUGCCACAAACAUCCUGCCUCUGGUCAAUACACAGAGUCUACGCAGUGUCAGAUGCACUUCGCAUCACAGUCCGCCUCAACGCACAGCUCCCACAAUGCCACCUACACCGCAAAAACUGUGGAUGCAACCCAUGUCGCCUGAACCAUGAGGCCAGCUGCUGCUCUUCCAACAAAUGCUGCAUGCUGGCCAACGAGCUCAUUGCAAACCUGCGCCUACGAUGGCACCCCAGCCAUCUUCUACCAGUGGAUAACCUCACUGUUACUGACUGA